GUAUGUCAUAGAGGUAAAGAGUGAUCCCUGAGCCUCACCUUUUAGCACCUACUUCACCAAAAUCAAAACCCCCAUGAGGGAUACCAAUACCAUGACCAUGACCAUGACUGCUACUACUGAUCAAUGGAUGCAAUUCUAUCAACAACCUCUAAUGGAUGCUCUGCCACCAAACAGAGAAGGCUUCUCUGAUGCAACUGUGAUGACAACUAGUCCCACACCCACCAUGCCAUCAGAAAGCAACAACAUAUUGAGCCCAACAAGUGGCCAAUUGACACCAAAAGGUAGUGUAUCCAAACCCAUUAGAAGGAGGUCUAGAGCUUCCAAAAGAACUCCAACCACACUCCUCAAUGCUAAUACCACCAAUUUUAGAGCAUUAGUACAGCAAUUCACAGGUUGUCCUAGCACAACCAUGUCAACACUAGGGGUCCAUAAGGGACCUAUUACCUUAAAUUUCCAACAAGGGAGUGGACAAAAGAUUCAACAUAGCGCGAGUAGAAUAAUUCUACCAUUUCGUAGUACCAAAAGCUACAACAACAACCAAGUUCAUCAAGUGCCUUCACAUCUUCCUUGGCAGAAGCAAGAGGAACAAGUGCCUCAGCAGCAGUUGUUGCAAGAACACCACAAUGGUUACUCCAUUGAUUAUGUGAAAAACAGUGGUUUUCUUCCAUCUUCGGGUAACUCAAUUAGGCCUACCACUACCAUGGUUGUCUCUGAUGGCUUGCUUAUGGAUAAUGACUUUGGUUUGCAUGAUCUAACUGUGAAUUCCUUCCCCAAUGAUACUUUUUAAGAAUUAUUUAUGGCCAUAUUUUAUGUGAUGAAAAUGUUUAAUUAUAAAGGAUUCUAUUAUUGAAUCCUGUUCAUAUUAUUAGAAAAGUAAUACAACAAAAUGGACUUGGUUCAUAUAUAGUUGUAAGCAUACUAUCAUAAAAAUAAUUCGCAAGGAUUAUAUGCAUUAAUUCCUUUAGAUUUAAUUUGCCUUAUUUCUCUGUCUUUUUUUAAUGGUGAAUUCCCUUGAUUAAAUUGUUGUCCCUGCAGAGAAAUAUCUUAGUGUUUGUCUUGUUUGUAUAUAUAUUUUUUAUUGUAAUGUGUACGGGUUGUAUUUCUCACACUAUGAACAAAGCCUCUAUUUCCCCUUCAUAUUUAUGUAUGUUUUC